UCCUCCUCCUCCUCCUCCUAGGAAUUCUGCCCCUUCUAGCUGUCUGCCCUCCCCUUUAAAGGUUGACUUGCCCUGCUGCACUUUACCGGGCUCCAGCCCUCUGGCGCCUUCUGCUCAACCCUUUGCAACGCGGAUCCGAGCCCGCCCGCCCCGCGCAGUUCCAGCCGCCAAGCAGAAGGACGUUCCGGAAGAUGGAGAGCAAAGCCUUGCUCCUGGUGGCCCUGGGAGUGUGGCUUCAGAGUUUGACUGCGGUAGCUGCAGUAGACGGGGGAAAAGAUUUUGCAGACAUUGAAAGUAAAUUUGCCCUAAGGACCCCUGAAGACACAGCUGAAGACACCUGCCAUCUGAUUCCUGGACUAGCAGAAUCUGUGUCAAACUGCCAUUUCAACCACAGCAGCAAGACCUUUGUGGUGAUCCACGGCUGGACGGUGACAGGAAUGUAUGAGAGCUGGGUGCCUAAACUUGUGGCUGCCCUGUACAAGAGAGAACCUGACUCCAACGUCAUCGUGGUGGACUGGUUGUAUCGGGCCCAGCAACAUUAUCCAGUGUCUGCUGGCUACACCAAGCUGGUGGGCAAUGAUGUGGCCAGGUUCAUCAACUGGAUGGAGGAGGAAUUUAACUACCCCCUGGAUAAUGUCCACCUCUUGGGGUACAGCCUUGGAGCCCAUGCUGCUGGGGUGGCAGGAAGUCUGACCAACAAUAAGGUUAAUAGAAUUACUGGCUUGGAUCCAGCUGGGCCUAAUUUUGAGUAUGCAGAGCCCCCCAGUCGCCUUUCCCCGGAUGAUGCAGAUUUUGUGGACGUCUUACACACAUUCACCAGAGGGUCACCUGGCCGAAGCAUUGGGAUCCAGAAACCAAUAGGGCAUGUUGACUUCUACCCCAAUGGAGGUACUUUCCAGCCGGGGUGCAACAUUGGUGAAGCCAUUCGUGUGAUUGCAGAGAGGGGCCUCGGAGAUGUGGACCAGCUGGUGAAAUGCUCCCAUGAGCGCUCCAUUCACCUUUUCAUUGACUCCCUGCUGAACGAAGAAAACCCCAGCAAGGCUUACAGGUGCAACUCCAAGGAAGCCUUUGAGAAAGGCCUCUGCCUCAGCUGCAGAAAGAGUCGCUGCAACAACGUGGGCUAUGAGAUCAACAAGGUCAGAGCCAAGAGAAGCAGCAAGAUGUAUCUGAAGACUCGCUCUCAGAUGCCCUACAAAGUCUUCCAUUACCAAGUCAAGAUUCACUUUUCUGGGACUGAGAGUAACCAGCAGCUCAACCAAGCCUUUGAGAUUUCUCUGUACGGCACAGUGGCUGAGAGUGAGAACAUUGCCUUCACUCUGCCUGAGGUCUCCACAAAUAAAACCUACUCCUUCUUGAUCUACACGGAGGUGGACAUCGGAGAAUUGCUGAUGAUGAAGCUGCAGUGGAAGAGCGAUUCCUACUUCAGCUGGUCCGACUGGUGGAGCAGCCCUGGCUUCGUCAUCGAGCGGAUCCGAGUGAAAGCCGGAGAGACUCAGAAAAAGGUCAUCUUCUGUGCUAGGGAGAAAGUGUCUCAUCUGCAGAAGGGAAAGGACUCCGCAGUAUUUGUGAAAUGCCACGACAAGUCAUUGAAGAGGUCCGGCUGACACUGGACAGACCAACGAGAGAAGAAAGCACAUGAGUUCUUUGAAGACUGAAGUAAAUGAAGUAAAUUUUAUUAAAAGAAAAAUACCCUUGUUUGGGUGUUUGAAAGUGGGUUUUCUUGAGUAUUAAUCCCAGCUCUAUCUUGUUAGUUAAAUAGAAGGCAGUCUGAAUACUAAAAGAUGGCUAAUACACGGUGAGGGGUCUAGUGGCCAAAGGCAUGUCUCCCGGCAUCAGAGGACAGCUGACAGGAGAAUUGUGGCAUCUUGUGUCCCUUAAGAAGGAACCAUUUGUUCCCAAUUAUAUAAGACUCCUUCAUAUGACCUGUUUGGUCAUGGUCUAAAAUUAGCGAGGGCC